GGAGGGGGCGGGCUGGUGACACGAGGGUGGGUUGGAAGGUGUAGACAUGCAGGCAGCACACACAGGUUUAGGCCACACUGCCGAAGGCGCCGAUUCCCCGACCAGACGCUGCUGUCCCCGUGAUGCAGGCACAGUGGCAGUUAUUUCCAGUGGAGCUCAUCCUGUUGCACGAGCACCGGAAGUCUCUGAUUCGAGCAAAAGCGCCGUGCCUUUAACCCAAAGGCCGGGAAUCCGACAUCAUAGAUUCGCCCUUACAGUGUCUUUCCCGACCUCUUUGGAGGCAGAUAUCGCCUGUGGGUCCCUAGCUCCUGAUGCUGAACCACACCAAGGACUUUUGAGGAAGGAGCUUAAAGUGAGCGGCUGCAUGCUGGAGGUACACUGGAUCUCAGAAGACUCUCGCCUCCUCCGAAUUUCCAUCAUGAACUUUCUUGACCAGCUUUCCCUAGUGGUGAACACCAUACAACGCUUUGGGCCCCCAUUUUCUCGUUAAGCCUGGCUGGGAAAAGGGACUCAGGUCUGACCUUAUGUCCAUUUCCUCCUAAGCAGUAUAAUUUACCCUAGGAAAAAGAUUCCAGAAAUAGUAGCUGCUACUUAAAUGUGGGGCCUAAUAUUUUUCUUGCCUGACUUGGUCCUCAGGCACUGGUUUAGUCUGGUGCUUAAAUGUUUGUUGCUGAAGAAAGUAAAGCUGUGCUUCUAAUCUGUAUUUGAGUUUAUUUCAGCCUCUAGAUUUUCUUUGACUUUUUCCUUGUGUCAGAGGAGAGGCUCUGGAAUUCAGGUACUUGUUACUACAAGAACCUCCCAUAUCCACCACUGCUUCCUUAACCCCCUCCCCAACUCUUUUUAAAAAUAACCUAUCAAGUCUAAUUUGUGCUGUCCAUGUACUCUUGGGUGUGGGGCCAUCCACUGGAGCAUGGUUGACCUAUAAGAGGCCAUACCCUUAAAGAAAACUGAUUUUUCCCUCCCCUGUAGUGGGUAGCCAUUCCAGCUUUGAUCUGGAAGUUCCAACCCCCAUUGAGGCUUCAGUAACUGUCACACCUACAAGGCAGGGCCAAGGGAGGACCCUGAAGACCCGAGAUC